GCUGUCAGUUGCCGGUGACGGAGCGGGUGAUUUUCCUGGUGCGCUGUUAACAUCAACGAGCCUCGUCUCGAGCAUGACGGGGAGGCUACAUGCUAGUGUAGCUCUGCUAGUUAGCUCUGCUAGUUAGCUCCAUGUAGAGUAAAGCGGUCCGCUGGCUUCGUGGAGCAGGAGCCUAGCUAGCUAUCCACAGACACAGUUGUAUAUGUCAACAUCUCCUCUGGACACAGGAAGCGGUCUUUAAACGUGCUCUUUUAAAAGCCCGGAUAACCUUCACUCGUGAGGACACACGGCCCGUUUACGAUUCAUAAGCCCGGAUAAAAGUUAGCAUUUAUAAAAGGUCCAGAUGGAAAAGAAAGUUCGGAACCAGGACAUAAACCCAUGUAUCGAACAAAGUGAUGCCUCCCGUAAGUGUCUGGACGUCAACAACUAUGAUAAGAGCAAGUGUUCAGCCCAUUUCAAGACAUAUAAGGACUGUAGGAAAUACUGGCACAACGUAAUGGUGGACAGAAGAAGAAACGGGGUGAAACCUGAGAUGCCCUCUGCUGCAGAGAGGCUGGAGAUGCUUGCUGCUAUCGGAGGCAAACCAUACUGAGAGUCAGCAGGGACACACAAAGACACUGUAAAGAGCAGUAGGCCCAGGAACCGUGAUGCUACGACACAGCAGUGGCUGGGUGUAUACUGAUCUGUUCUCAAGCUCGGCUCAUGUUAAAGUGACAUUUGUAGAUGGACUUUAUUCUACAAUAACACUGAAGGGUGGAGUUACAGAGCGACAAGAUAUGAAAUGGAUUAUUUAUUGAGGUGAUUAAUGUGUCAUGAACUGACACAUAAUGAAAAGAAUUAAAGAUCAUUUAAAGCAGUUGUUUUUGUUUAAUGAAAAAGUUCCGAGGCCUGUUCCAGAAAGCAGGUUUAACAAACUAUAACCAUGGACUCUGAGUUGACCAUCGCUGAGAUGACAACAGCUGUAUGUUAACUCUGUUAAGUCCAUGCAUGCUGAAUGCAUAAAGCCAUAGUCAAUGGAGCUUUGAUAUUACGACUAAAUACAGCGAAGAGCCUUCAUAUUAAUCCAGUUGAGCCAGAAAUAUAAAUAUGUGACCAUGCACAUUUAUAUUUAAAGGACUCAGUAGCAGCAGUGAAAUACUGGGUAGAAAAUUGGUAAUGUAAUACUUUUUCAUUUUAGUCAAUCCAUUGUUCAUUAAUUAGCAGAGUUACAUUUUUUAAUUGGUGAUGAAACUAGUAUCCCAAUGUACAGUGCUGUGAAAAAGUAUUUGCCCCCUACCUGGUUUCUUAUGUUGUUGCAUAUUUGUCACACUUAAAUGUUUCAGAUCAUUAAACCAAUUUUUAAAUUAGACAAAGAUAACCCGAGUAAAUAUAAAAUGCAGUUCUUAAAUGAUGAUUUCAUUUAUUAAGGGAAAAAAGCUAUCCAAACCUACCUGGCCCUAUGUGAAAAAUUAAUUGCCCCCCAUGAUAAAUCAUGAAUGAAUUGUGAUAAACAACAUUUUUUGGAAAGCUGAAUUCAAUUUCACUAGCUACACCCAGGCCUGAUUACUGCCAGACCUGUCGAAUAAAGAAAUAACUUAAAUAGAACCUGUCUGACAAAGUGAAGUAGGCUAAAAGAUCUCAAAAAGCAACACAUCAUGCCGCAAUCUAAAGAUAUUCAAGAACAGAUGAGAAACAAAGUAAUUGACAUGUAUCCGUGUGGAAAGGGUUUCAAAGCCAUUUCUAAGGCUUUGGGACUUCAGUGAAACACGGUGAGAGCCAUUAUACACAUAUGGAGAAGACUUGGAACAGUGGUGAACCUUCCCAGGAGUGGCUGGCAUAUCAAAAUUACUCCAAGAGCACAUCGACGACUCAUCCAGGAGGUCAUAAAAGACCCAUGAACAACAUCUAAGGAACUGCAGGCCUCACUUGCCUCAGUUAAGUCAGUUUUCAUGAUUCAACAAUGAGAAAGACACUGGGCAAAAAUGGCAUCCAUGGGAGAGUUUCAAGGCGAAAGCCACUGCUGACCAAAAAGAACACAAAGGGUCGUCUCACAUUUGCCAAAAAACAUCUUGAUGAUCCCAAAGACUUUUAGGCAAAUAUUCUGUGGACUGACGAAACAAAAGAUGAACUUUUGGAAGAUGUGCGCCGCAUCACAUCUGGCGUAAAACUAACACAGCAUUUCAUAAAAACAUCAUACCAACAGUCAAACAUGGUGGUGGUAGUGUGAUGGUCUGGGGCUGGUUUGCAGCUUCAGGACCUGGACGACUUGCCAUAAUUGAUGGAACCAUGAAUUCUGCUCUCUACCUGAAAAUCCUGAAGGACAAUGUCCGGCAAUCAGUUUGUGACCUCAAGCUCAAGCGCACUUGGGUUAUGCAGCAGGACAAUGAUCCGAAACACACCAGCAUGUCCACCUCUGAAUGGCUAAAAAAACACAAAAAGAAGGUUUUGGAGUGGCCUAGUCAAAGUCCGUACUUAAAUCCGAUUGAGAUGCUGUGGCAUGAUCUUAAACAAGCCGUUUAUACUAAGAAACUACAAUUUGGAUGAAUUAAAACUAUUCUGCAAAGAAGAGUGGGCCAAAAUUCCCUCACAGCGAUGUGAAAGACUCAUUGUUAUCGCAAAUGCUUGAUUGCAGUUGUUGCCGCCAAGGGUGGCACAACCAGUUAUUAGGUUUAGGGGGCAAUUACUUUUUCACAAAGGACCAGGUAGGUUUGGAUAGCUUUUUUCCCUUAAUAAGUGAAAUCAUGAUUUAAAAACUGCAUUUUUUAUUUACUUGGGUUAUCUUUGUCUAAUAUAAAAAUUGGUUUGAUGAUCUCAAUCAUUUAAGUGUGACAAAUAUGCCAAAAAAUAAAAAAAUCUGGAAGGGGGCAAACAUUUUUCACAGCACUGUAUAUUGCAAUACAAUUUGAAAUACAUUUGGCCGUAACCUGCUGUGGACAGCGAGCUGGUUAAAGCAGAAGAUCAAAAUCAUAUGUCAUACAUUUAAUCAUUGACUUGUAUAUUUAAACACGGUUACUUAAAUCUUGUAAAAUUAUUUUAACCUUUUAUCUACAGUAACAGAACUGGGUUUUCUGUUUCUGAAAUGGAAAACUCAUUAAUAUCCUCAACUCAAGAUGAUGAAACUCAUUAGUUUUCACUAAACCUGCUUUAUUAUAUGCAGAUUUAAUCAUGAAUGUAUUAUGUGCUUAAAAGGUAGACAUCAUCCAGUUUUAUUUACAUGCAGCCUAAAACAAUGUUUCAUAUUUCAAUCAAAUGAUGUUGGAGUCAAACUCAACAGUGAUGGAUUUCAGCUGUGGUCUAUCCUUGAUUUAAAAGUAGGAUGUAGGUGAUAUUUGUUGGGAUGUAUUUUGCAUCUUCCUCAGACUGAUCUUGAAUCCGGUCAGAUAUCAUUUGAAGCUGUAAGUCUUUAAGUGUUGACUUCCUUAAUAAAUCAGAGACAUCUGACAUGGGGUGGUAGGAGCCAUGAGGUGAUAUGUUU